UGCCGAGAAGGUUCUGGACACAGCGAAUCAGCGAGCAGCGAGCGAGGAUUUAAACCAAGACACACAACCUAAAAACUGCAUCGCAUCAUCCUCCAUUACGAUUCUUAGUCUUAUUGUUGAAGCAUCGCACAGAACGAAAUGGCUCUUCGAGUGACCAGGAAUCGCUUGGCUUCUACCAGGAGCGACCUCGGUGGAAAGGCCUGCUCGGUGACUGGGCCUGGACUGAAGCCUAGAGCUGCUUUGGGCGAAAUUGGAAACAUCGCAGUGAACAAAGAACCACAGAAAAAGGCUGUCAAGACAGAAGCCACAAAGACCAAAGUCCCCACCAAAGUUGAAAAAGCAGCCGUUGUUGAAGCCCCAAAACCUAAAAAUGUUGCUCCUGUUAAACCUGAGCCUGUGGUGCAGCCUGAACCUGCAUCCCCCACUCCAAUGGAGACAUCUGGCUGUGAGCCUGCUGACCUCUGCCAAGCAUUUUCAGAUGUUAUUCUUCACACUGCUAUCAGGGAUGUGGAUGCAGAUGACUAUGACAACCCCAUGCUCUGCAGUGAAUAUGUAAAGGAUAUCUACAAGUACCUAAGACAGCUUGAGAUUGAGCAGAACGUCAGACCCACUUACCUGCAGGGUCGGGAGGUGACUGGUAACAUGCGAGCUAUUCUGAUCGACUGGCUCGUGCAAGUGAACCUGAAAUUUCGUCUGCUGCAAGAGACAAUGUACAUGACUGUGGGAAUCAUUGACCGCUUUCUUCAGGACAACCCAGUCCCCAAGAAGCAGCUGCAGCUGGUUGGUGUAACUGCCAUGUUCCUUGCUUCCAAAUACGAGGAGAUGUAUCCCCCAGAGAUCUCAGAUUUUGCCUAUGUAACAGACCGUGCCUACACCACCGCCCAGAUUCGAGACAUGGAGAUGACAAUCCUGCGGGUGCUCAAGUUCAAACUGGGCCGUCCUCUUCCACUGCAGUUCCUCAGAAGAGCCUCAAAGAUUUACGAGGUAACUGCUGAGCAACACACUCUGGCAAAAUACCUCCUGGAGCUGACCAUGGUUGACUACGAGAUGGUUCACUUCCCGCCUUCCAUGGUUGCGAGUGCUGCUUUGGCUCUGACCCUGAAGAUCUUGGAUGCUGGUGAAUGGGAUGCAACACUGACUCACUACAUGGACUACACAGCAGAGAGUUUGAUUCCUGUGAUGGCACACAUCGCCAAGAAUGUUGUGAAAGUCAAUGAUGGCCUGACCAAACAUAUGGCUAUUAAAGGAAAGUAUUCAACCUCCAAGCAGAUGCGGAUCGCCACACUCUCUCAGCUCAAGUCUUCACUGGUGAAGGAGCUUGCAAAGCAAGCCAACCAGUGAGAACUGUUUAGCACCAUGUGCUGACUUGUAUAGUUGUAACUUAAACUUAACUUGAACUGAGGGUUUGGCAAACUGAAGAUGAGAUCGAUGGUUUCAUGUUUCACCAACAGAUGUUUACUUUUACUGACUAUUUUAGAACGCAUGCCUCAAAGUUUAAUUGGUACCGACGACUUUAUGGCUUAUUGCAUUUGAAGUUGAGAAAUUGGAUUUUGCUCUAGUGAUCAAUACUGUAAACUUAUCCUCAUUUGUUUCACAAGAUUUGGUCAUCUACAAUGUCCUGUGAUGAACAAAUUUUAUCUUUAUUGGUCAAAACACACUACACCUCAGCAAGAUACCGUUUUAAUGUAAUGCCUGAUUAUUGGUGCACAAGUUGCUGUGAAGCUUUCUUUUUUUUAAGCUUGGUGUAGCUGAUUACCCACCAGCAGAAGACCCAUGGCUUGCUUUUAAAAUGGUCAGUAAUGUGAGGGAUCCAUUGGACAGAUGUGGCCCUUUUUGUCUUUUAAAAUGCAUGUUUUACUGAAUGUGUGUAUGGCAGUGACUGUGUAAAAUGUACAGCAAUACUUUUUAAAAUGUUUUUACAUCACAAAUGUCUUGUUUUAAAUCGUUUAAUUAAAUGGUUCAUACCA